AAAUGAAAACCAUCCGGAAACGGUCUCUUUAGGCAUGUCAGAGGAUAGUGCCGAGACAGGUACAACAUAAAUUCAGUAUGUCGGAAUCUUUGGACGCUUGCAGUUUACUCUCUUCCUCCUCGCAACUCGACCAAAUGGAUGAGGAAGCGAUUGACGAUAAGGAAUUCGACAUUCCCCAAGUAUACACACCUCCCACCUUGGAGAGCAUCCUCAAUGAGCUGGAGGAUGAGGAGGAACCGUUUGUGCUGGAAGAUACCUGUGUGCUGAACACAGAAAAUAUUGAUGCUCAUUCCUGUGACACUGCUUCUCUUGCCAGCUCUGACAGUGGAGACCCAGCUCACUUUAAACGGAAGAAGAGGCCAGUGGAAUUGAAAGCAACAAUUCAUGGAUCGGUUCUUCGAAACAGCAUGCUUCAGGGCAUCUCUGCGCAGAUCGUCUCCGCUGCUGACAAAGUUGAUGCUGGAUUACCAACUGCCAUAACAGUUGCAGGUGUGAUUGUUGUGGGAACAUCUCAUGGUCUGGCUUUGGUCUUUGAUAACAACCAAGCCUUAAGGCUGUGUCUUGGAACAAAAACAACUGGUGCAGAGUUUGGCGCAGUCUCUGCCCUCAGCAUCAACAAUGACUGCUCAAGACUUCUCUGUGGGUUCGCGAAAGGACAGAUGACCAUGUGGGAUCUUGCCAAUGGGAAACUUCUGAGAACUAUCACUGACGCACAUCCUCCAGGGACAGCAAUUCUGCAUGUAAAGUUCACAGAUGACCCAACACUUGCAGUGUGCAGCGAUAGUGGUGGAUCAGUUUUUGAGCUGGCUUUCAGGAGAGUAAUGGGCAUGCGUUCAUGUGACUCAAGAUGUCUCUUCAGUGGUUCGAAAGGGGAAGUCUGCUGUAUUGAACCGUUGCGUGCAUCUCCAGACUUCACCGACCACCCAAUAACACAUUAUUCUCUGUUGGCUUUGGCUUCCCUCACAAAGAUUUUGGUGAUUGGUCUGAAGCCCUCCCUCAAAGUUUGGAUGACUUUUCCCUACAGCAAGUCUGAUCCAUCCAGUGUGCCACAGCUGGCAUGGCAGUUUGUCUCUGUUCAGUCGGCUGUCAACCCAUUCCUGGCUUUUUGUAAAGGAGAUACAGUUCACUUUCUUAUGAUAAAAAGAGAAGAGAUGGGUGCCAUUCAUGUCAUCAAACAGAGACAUAUUCAUCUCAGCUGUGACAUUAUCAGCUUGAAUUGGAUUAAUGGUUGUACACUAGUCCUGGUAGACAGCCAUGAAAAGCUACUGAUUGUAGACCGUCCCAGUCAGGAGAUUUUGGAGAUUCUGGACCUGGAGCAGGUGCAACUGGUCUACAACAGCCGCCAUUUCAAAUCACUGGCCACAGGGGGGAAUGUCUCCCAGGCUUUGGCUUUGGUUGGAGAAAAAGCUUGCUACCAGUCCAUUUCAAGCUAUGCAGGACAUAUCGUCUGUUUGGGGACCAAGUCGGCUCAUACAAUGACUCUAAGAACGUGGAGAGAGCGCAUUGACUGUAUGUUGAACCAGGACCAUUUUGUUGAAGCUCUCUCUCUGGCUUGGUCCUUCCAUGAGGGAACAGCUAAGGCUGUGGUUGGCUUGUGUGGUGAUCCAUUGAAAAGAAAGGGAAUUGUUGGUGACAAGAUGCUAGAGAUCCUCUUCCAGUUUGCUGAUCAUGCUAUGAAGAGGUGCCCAGAACAAGGCAGAAUCCAAGUGAUGGAGCAGCAUUUUCACGAUGUGAUUCCCAUCUUGAUAGAUUUCUCCCUGCUGCUACAAAGGCCUGAUCUACUAUUUGACCAGCUUUAUGCUCGGCUCUUGGAGAAUCCGGUUGCUAAAGGUGUUUUCCUGGAAUUACUCGAGUCAUAUAUAGUUACGAACCGUCUUGGUCACCUCCCCACAACCAUCAUGAAGGAUCUCUUGGCUCAUUACAAUAGCAAUGGCUUGAUGGACAACCUGGAGAGAUGUAUUGUCCAUCUGGAUGUCACCAGCCUAGAUAUACAGCAGGUGGUUCAAGUUUGUUGGGAAAACCAACUAUAUGAUGCGAUGAUCUACGUGUUCAACAGCGGAAUGAAUGACUACAUCACGCCAAUGGAGAAACUUUUUGCUGUAAUUGGCCCACCCCUUCGAGAGGGAAGGAGCUUAACAGCUGAAGAAGUGGUGAUGGGAAACAAACUUUUAGUGUACAUCAGUUGUUGUCUUGCAGGAAGGGCAUAUCCCCUUGGAAACAUCCCUGAGGACCUUGUGGUUCAGAUCAAGAUUCAGGUAUUUGAGUACCUGAUUCUACUCCAUACAGGGGAAUCCUCAUCAGAUGCUUAUCCUCUUAUUCAAACACUCCUUCACUUUGACACCCGAGAAUUCCUAAAUGUCCUUGCCAUGACAUUUGAAGACUUGAAUGACAAACAAGCCAUCGAAUACCAGCAGAGGAUAGUGGACAUUUUGCUUCAGGUGAUGGUGGACAACCCAGACUUUACACCAUGCCAGGUUGGCGGGCUUUUCACGUUUUUGGCUCGGCAGCUGUCUAAACCAAACAACACACUUUUUGUAAACAGAAAUUUAUUCGACCAGGUCUUGGAGUUCCUCUGCAGAUCAGGUGAUGCCUCUCGACAUACUGAACGACAGCAGGUUCUGCUGCAGCUGCUCCAGGUUGGAGGUGUGGUCCAGUUUGAUGAAGAAAAGCUGUUGACUUUGUCACAGAGAGCCAACUUCUACCAAAUUUUGGAAUUUCUUUAUGAGAAGAAACAUAUGUAUGACAAGACCAUUGACUGCUACCUAAAAGACCCUCUGAGAAAGGGGGAGAUCUUCAGCUAUAUCCACGAACUGAUGUCGAUGGCAAGCCACAGUUCUGAGGAGAAACAGGCAAUCAAGAACAAAACACUGCAACACAUACAGGAACUGAUCAUCCUUGAUCAAAGCAAGUCUGCUGAGCUGGUUGUGUCUCAUCUUGUUGAAGAAGUGGAUCAAAUUAUUUGUAAACUUCCGGAUGGCGAGCUGCUUUUACAAUUUUUGAGCUCAUUCUUGGAGUUACGGGAACGUCAUUAUCCAGGGACGACCCUACCUACGGAACAUGAACUUCACAAGCAUCUGCUGGACUUGUUGUGCCGUUUUGCCCCCCAACAGCUCUUGAAUUUCCUCCAAACAUCACAGCAGUAUCGAUUGGAGGAGGCCAUACAAAUCACUGAGAAGUACCAUCACAGUGAAGCUACCGGUUAUCUUCUAGAGAAGAAGGGAGACUUUUAUGGAGCAUUUACAGUUUUGUUGGAGGCAUUAAAAGCCCAGCUUUGUCUACUGACUGCAGACCCCACCAGAGGGCAGAGUGAAGAUGAGAAAGAAAAUGAGUCAGCUAUAUUGAGAAGAAUAGAAAAUUCACUGAACAACCUCGUUGCCUUGGGUCAUCGCAACUCUCAAAAACUCCAACAGCCACAAAUCAAGGAGCUCUGGUUGUCAUUAUUGGAGACAUUGAUGACUCCCCAGAAACAAGUCUUAAAGGACCUGACAAUGAACGUUCUCAACAGUAUGAGCACCUUGGUUUCACUGCCUGCAAUCAUCCAGCAAAUACUGCAGAACCCCAUUUAUGAGAGAGGAAAAUUUGCAGAGAUCCAAGUCCUUAUUCUUGGGAUGCUCGACACUUUCAGCUAUGAACAGACUUUAUUUGAAACAACUACGAGUCUGCUAAAUCAUGACCUCCACUGGUCCCUGUCUCAUCUGCGCACUGCGGUGACAAGGGGACUCCACCCAAGGCAAGACUCCUGCAACAUUUGCCUACAGCAGUACAAGAGGUGGCAGGACUCAGCUGAGCAGAUCCUUCUAUUUAGCUGUGGUCACCUGUACCACAUCCAAUGCCUGCAGCAGACUGUGGACUGUGGGUUGGCAUGUGCUUCAGAGCAGCAGCAGCAGUGGAGUUGCUACAAGUGUUCCACCACUCACAGAGGAAGAGGCAGGCAGUAUACCAUACCAAAGAGAAGUCGCAGCACAUCCCUUGUACAGGUUUUUCAGGAGGUAACAUUGGACUUUCAACAAGAACAGUCUUGGGAUCAGCUACGUUGUUUGUACAAAGGACCAUCGAGGUUGUCCAUCCUGGCAGAGCUCUCUCACCGCCACCACAAUGAGAGAACAGGGAUUCCUGUUCAAGUUCAUCCAGCACAAGAGGGUUUCAGUCUUAAACUAUCUCCACCACCUCUGUUGGAAGAAUAGCACUGUGUAGAGUUUUAGCGCUUAACGAGGAGCAUGUCGCAGUUCUUUUUGUCUUGGUCCUAAACGGGAUAAGUUGUACAGAAGAUGGAAAGUGAUUGGAUGAUUGGUUAAUAGUUUAGUAUUGGUUUGUCUUUGUUUUCCUGCACCAUUAUUAUCAGUGUCGCUUGGAUCAGUAUAACUUUGUAACCAGUGAGACUUUUGACCUGUUGGUAAAUGGUACAUAGUAAAUCUUAUGUUCAGCUGUGUGAUAUAUAGAAAUACACUGAGUUCCAAAUUAUUUGACAUAUGCUAUUUUUGUUCAUUUUCCCAAAUAGUUAAUGUCCUUAAUAGUAAACAAUUUAUUGCAGUUUUUCUCAGUCGCUUUGAUACAUUGCUCAGAUCAGAAUUAAAAUUCUCA